AUGUAUAAAUUCACAAUUAUUGCUCUUGCUGCUCUCUUCGCUUGUGCUUCUGGAGCACCUGGUCUAUUGCCAUCAGCACCGCUAGCCUAUGCAAAUGCACCUUUGUAUGCGGCUGGCGGUAGUAAUCAAAUCGAUGUACGCAACAACUAUGAUGGUACCUUGUCAUCAUACACCACUGCACCAUUCAGUUACACCGCUCCAUAUUCUAGUCGUUAUGUAUCCGGCUUACCUGCAGUAGCUCCUGCUGCUUACACAGCGCCUUUAGCUGCUGCCCCUGCCGCUUACACAGCUCCAUUCGCCGCUGCUCCAGCUGCUUAUGCUGCACCAGCUUUUGCUAAGUAUGCUGCACCAGCUGCACUCUCAGCACCACUAGCUGCAUUACCAGCACCUUUACUACCGGCACCAGCUCCUUUACUACCUGCACCAGCACCUUUGCUGCCAGCACCAGCACCUUUACUACCUGCACCAGCUCCCUUACUACCAGCACCAACACCAUUACUACCAGCUCCAUUAUUUUUGCCAGCUGCAACACCUGUUCUUCCAGCUCCUUUACCUAUAGCGAAAGUAUUACCUCCAGUUUAUGAAGCUAUACCAUUUGCAGUUCCCAGUUAUCGUGCCACAUUUGGUCCUAAAAAAACAACUCAUCACGUUUCUGUGGGUUAUGCAUUCCCUCAACCCGCUAUCGCUAAAAUCGUAGCACCGCAUGCACACUUAAUAGCAAAACAUCACCAUCAUUCGCUCUUCUAA